UCUCCUCUUCCUCCUCCUUCCCUCCUCUUCCUCUUCCUCCUCCCCCUCUGGAUAACAAGUGGCCCCCGUGGCCCAGGAACAGCCUCCUCUCCUCCAGGGAGACUGGCCUCCGCAGGAUCCCUCUGCCCGGAGCCCAUCCCGGCCGGCUCCACGUUCCAGUUCAGAGGUCACACGGAUAGUUUGCAGGCUCUUCAGGCCGGAGCCGAGCCCGGGGCUCUCCGAUGCCCUCCUCUCCCGACGUCCUUUAGCUCGAUUCUGCUUCCGAGCCAGCCCCCCAGAGCUGUCAUCUCCAUUUCCAAGGGAGGAAGCCCCCGCUGAAGGGCUCGUCCCGAGGCUGGAUUGGAACCUGGGCCGGGCUCACUGGGGACGCCGCCUGUGGCCGUCGUCGUCGAGAACCUUAGAACGGAAGCGUCGGAGUCGGCUCCUGGUCUGGACCCCGGCGGGCGCCUCAUCCACACGGGCGCCGUCGCAGGGAGGCGCCUCAGGCCCAGAGAACGUGAGCAGCCGCUUCAGACAGGGAUCACCCAUAACUCUUUUGGGGCAAAGACACGGGAGCGCGGUCGUCUCCUUCUCCAGCUCCUUUUACAGACGAGGAAACUGAGGCAGCACCUUCCUGGGCUUCUGGGCUGGCCCUUGAAUCUCUGCACGUGAGGAGGUUCUUCUGGCCAGAGGCGCAGGACGGACUGGUCGGUCUCCCGGCCACAGACAACGAGAGCGGAGCCAGGGCGGCCGUCCCCUCUCCUCUGGCUCAGCUCAGAAGGGCAGCCGGAUCCGGAGGGGGAGGCCCGGGAGCCAGGCCCGCCUCUGCCCCGCAGCCCCGGGGUCGGUCUGUCAGACGCCCGACGGCCCAGAGCUUGGGGGGUUCCAUCUGGUCCAGGCGCUUCUGCCACCGGCCCUCAGAAAACCGUCCCUGCGGGGGCCCCCAAACUUGUCCAGGACGAGAGGAACGGCACCCAGACCCGUCCUUGGGCAGAAUCACCAGGUUGCAGCCCCUGCUGGGCGAGUGGGAGCCCGCCGGCCCGGCUAGGACUCGGGGGCAUCCCAGAGUGGCCAGUCGAGCACCAAGGCUGCCCGGGAGGGAUGUCCCCUGUGUGUGGGGAGACUCGGACCCAAGAAACCCAGAGCUGGAGCCUGGCCUCUGCCCCCCCAGUCACUGAGGGCAUCUGCCUAUGCCCAACCUCCCAGCUGCCUCCUCCUGGCUCCUCCGGCCCUUCUGCCUCUCUCGUGGCCUCCCAUGAUGCCCCGGGUCAGAUGGGCUCCUCCUGCCUUUAUUCCCCCCUAUCUUCUAUCCGGCUUCGGCCAUGCUCCUCUUCCUUCUCCACAGAGCAGAUUGUUGGGGCUCAAUGACCGAGCCCCAGCCCAUGGUUGGGCCCCAGGACAAAGGCCCCCAUCCUCCAGACCACCAGCCCCACACGCAGGGCACUUCCCAGCCCCCAUUCUUUAGGCCUUGCCCAAAGGCCACAUCCUGCAGGAACCCCCCCCCCCGAGGGCUCGGGGGGCGCUAGAUCCAUUCGCUGCUUGUUGUGAGAACAGCUGGGUGGUGCAGGGGAUGCUGCAGGGGGUGCAGGGGAUGCUGCAGGUGGUGCAGGGGAUGCUGCAGGUGGUGCGGGGGAUGCUGCAGGGGAUGCUGCAGGUGGUGCGGGGGAUGCUGCAGGGGAUGCUGCAGGGGAUGCUGCAGGUGGUGCAGGGACGACUAGUCGGGAGGCCCCAGAUCCAAAUCCAGCCUACUCGCGGGGUGGCCCUGGGCAAGUCCCUUCCCCUGCUGCCUCAGUUUCCUCAUCUGUCCGGUGAGUUGAAGAGGAAAAGGGCAAACCCUCUGCUCCCCUUGCCAAGCAAACCCCCAACGCGGUCGCAGAGGUCUCUCCCAUCUGGGCCCGCGUGUGCCGGUGGGGAUGUGGCUGGAGCCACGGCCUCCACCAGAGAGGGCGCCCACAGGACGAGGAGCAGCAGGGCCUUCGCCUUCCUCCAGGCCAGGGGUCGGGCUCGGGCCGAUGAUGGCGGAGCGCAGGGUCCGGGUGGCCGAGGAGCAGAGCGACGGGGGCCCAGCAGGGCGGAGGCCACAGAAUGGACUGGGGGGCAGCCGGACUCCGCCUUCUGUGCCCGCGUUGGCGAUUCAGAAUGGGAGAGGAGGCCGGUGUGCCAGGUGGUGCCAGGCAAGGGCUGAGAGCCCCAGGGGCCCUCUCCUGCAGCCCACUCCCUGCCCCGGCCGCUGCCUGCCUGGGGGCUCCUGCUGCAGCCCGACCUGCCCUGACCCGCCCUCCCCUGCCUCCCUGCGGCCCCUUCCCGGCUCCCGCGCCCGGCCCCUGUCUCCCUAGCGACCGCCAUCUGACUCCGUCUGGCCCGUCCUGGCCCGCCUAGUCCCGGGUGCGGACUCUGUUCCUACGGAAACACCAGCCAGCGCCAACCCCAGUAAGACUCUAGUAAA